CGUAACCCUAUAUUAAAGGCAUGUUGUAACUCUUGCACGCUAAUUCCAAUCGCGUGGAUACUGAAACUUCUUAGCAUGAAGAAUGAUGCCACCUUGAAAUUUCACAAGUCGACUUUUCUCACCUUGUUCUUCCGAAGAGCGUUAAGGUCUUAUCUACAUAAUUUUCAACCUUUUGCAAUCUUUCGUGUGUAUGAAGGUACAAAGAUGUCUGAAUAUGAUCAACAUAUAUACUCCAAAUAAAUCUUUGUUUCACAAUUAUAAUAAUUAUCCCAUCUCUCUCAGACAAAGACUCUUUCCACCCCUCUAUAUCUAUAUCCAGUCUGUUACUCUUCCAAUUAAGUGUCAUUUUGUACGGUUUUGAACACGAGCGAAGAAUCCUUUUUUCGACUUUGUCUAUCCGAUUUCCGACCUGAUAAUUGAAAACUAUCAAAUAGUUAUGGAUUUCUUCAGAGAGGCUAAGGCUGUUAGACUCAGAAGCCACUUGAACAAAUACCUAGUAGCCGAUGAUGAUCAAGUAUCCACUCGGCAGAGUAGAAAUGGUGCAGCACGAAAAGCCCGGUGGCUAGUCGAGCAAGUCGACAACAACCCCCACGUCCUCCGCCUCAAAAGCUGCCACGGCAGGUACCUCACCGCCUCCGAUGAGGCUUUCCUAUUAGGCAUGACAGGUCACAAAGUCCUCCAAACCCUGCAGGAAAACAUCAAGGACAUGAAAAUUGAGUGGCAGCCUAUAAGGGAUGGAUUUCAAGUAAGGUUAAGGGCCUGCGGAGGCACAUAUUUACGUGCGAAUGGAGGCACGCCGCCUUGGAGGAAUUCGAUUACACAUGAUAGUCCUUAUACUUCUUCUACACAUAAUUGGAUUUUAUGGGAUGUAGAGGCCAUUGAAAUUCCCGAAAAUGAGUCCUCGACACAUUAUUUAUCGAUGGUUUCGAGUUUUUCGUCGGUUUCGGAUGAACUGUCAGGGUUGGACCUCGGGUCACCGGAAUCGAUACACUCCAGUUAUUCUCCCUCCCCUAGAUUACACUCUUGUUAUUCUCCCUCCCCCAGAUUAUCUAUGAAGAAGAGCAAUUUGAGCUUGACCACAAGAACCACCGCAAUGGAUCUGUUCCAAAACGCCAAGGCAGUGAGACUGAAAAGUGUGCACAGCAAGUAUUUAAUAGCAGAAGAAGACGAAGAAUUAGUGACCCAACAUCGGACUGGUUCAUCAAAGAAUGCAAAAUGGACAGUAGAAUUUGUCGAAAAUUCGGACAACAUAAUCCGCCUCAAAAGCUGUUAUAAUAAGUACUUAACAGCAUCAGACAAGCCAUUUUUGCUGGGUAUGACGGGGCGUAAGGUGUUGCAAACAAUGCCUGGGAGGCUCGACUCUUCCGUCGAAUGGGAACCCAUUCUCCAUGGCAGUUCUGUGAAACUCAAGACGAGGUAUGGGCAGUUUUUGAGGGCUAAUGGCGGGUUGCCGCCGUGGAGAAACUCAGUUACACAUGAUAUUCCUCAUCGGACUGCGACCCAGGAUUGGGUUUUCUGGGAUGUGCAUGUGGUGGAAAUCUUGGUUAUGUCGCCGACGGCGGCGUUGGCGCCGCCAGUUUUGACUGCUAACUUGGAUUCUUUUGCUUCGGAUUCUAGUUCACCGCCUACUCCUUCCUUAAAUUCUGCCACCUUUUCUGGACCAGAGUCGAAUGAUUCUUUGAUUAGUUCACCAUUGAACUGGAGCGAUGGCAGAUUGAUUUACUUUCAUAUAGCCAACGAAUAUGGGGAAAUUGAUGAAGGAUUUGAGGAGCUCUGUACUACAUUUAAGGGAAAUGGCAUUCGAGAAUUGACGAAAAAGUUAGGGGAGGAAUUGGGAGUUGAUAAUAUUACUGUAUGUACACGAAGUCCAUUGAAUGGAAAGCUUUACCCUCUUCAUUUACAGCUUCCUCCCAAUAAUGCAACUAUGCAUAUUGUUGUGAUUCCGACCUCAUCAGAAGAAUCUGGAGAUUUGAAAACAUCAAGAAUGCCAUUGUAGAAGGAACUUAUAAACGGUACGAGUGCAGACUUCCCUGAUGCUCGAGUUAGCUUCCAGAGCCUUUUCAUCUCGAUGUCGAUGAUAGUUGAACUCGUGAAGAUUUUGUAAAUACGUUCUAUACAAACUACAAUAGAGCUUCUUCAGUUUUCUUUCGUUCUUUAUUCUUAAAUCUUCUUUUUGAUCUGUUUCGUUUUCCCUUUUUUUUUUGGCGUCUGUCUCUGAAAUAACUUUGCUGUAAAAAAUGUCUACCCAUUUUGAGAAUUGGGGUUUGAAGAGUUGAGUAAGUAUAAACGAGGUCUUGCAAAGGA